AUGAUUUGUAUCGUCUGCAUUUUAUGUAGAAAUGUAGAUAUUUAUAUUAUAUAUGACCAUGAACCUCAACCAUUAAAUAUUUGUUGGAAAGACAGCGGUCGGAAUGGAACUGAAAAUGAUUUGUGUUGCUUUAAAGUUACCCCAACACCAAAUCAAAAAGAGCGAGAAUGUGGCGAAGAGAAUGAGAAACAGAAGAAAAAAAAAUUUAAGCGAGUCGUGAUAAACUAUCGGCUAGCCAUUGAUCCAUGUGCAGCUAGAACUGAAUGGGAAUCUAAUCAAUCGGAGAGCAAGAGCGAAACUUGUAGUAAAUCAACAAAUAUUGAUUCAAGAGAAUGCCAUUCACAAUUACAAUUUGUUAUCUUCACACAAGAAUGUGUUUGA